GUUACUAAAUUCUUUAUAUCAAAGGAUUCUGGAUUGAUCUACUGCCAUAAUAAGAAAAAUGUGAUCGUGUUCUCAAUUCUGUAUUUAAUAUACCGUAUAUAUUUGUAUGCAUACAUUAGAUGCGUAAAAGUGAGAAGAAGAAAAUUUUUUUAAGAAUCAGAAUGAAAGAACAGAUCUUUUACCAGUUUCUAGUCGUAAUCAUGUUGUUGUCAUCAUCUCAAAUUCAGGGGGAGAGAUGUGAUGAUUCAGGCAUAGAAUUUCUGAGGGGAUGUCCAGAUUCUAUCGACAAGGAGCUGCCAACUCCACCAAGACCAUCCCAAGAUUGUUGCACUCUUGUCCGAAUCAUCGGGAUGAAAUGCAUAUGCGAAGUCAUCAAUAAGAGAAUCGAAGCCGUCAUUGAUAUGCAAAAGCUAGUCAAUGUCGCGGCUGCUUGUGGCAGCCCUCUUGCUCCUGGUUCACAUUGCGGAAGUAAGUCCCUACCCACUUUUUUUUUUUUUCCGGUCAAUAUAAUUCGGUUUGCAAUUGUUUUUGUUGGAUUUUACAAAUUUAAUAAAUUCAUUUCUUCAUUUAAUUAGUUAUAAGUUUUAGGUUAUGGUAUCUUAAUUAUACAUUUCAUUUGUUUGUGAUUUUUUCACAGGCUACCUAGUUCCCGGUGGCAUGGUGAGACAUCAUCACGGGUAAUUUGAAGACCGCCCCUAUUCUCUAUCUUAUUGAACUUGCCUAGUUUGUAUGGCUUCUAGAAAUAAAUAAUUCCAAUUCAAUAUUGCUACGUACAAUAAUAUGUUUUUUUUUUUUUUUUGUUCAAAGCGUACAAUAUGUUUCCAAAAACACAUAUUUGGCAAAUCAAAUUAGAUUUUAAAAUAUUAAUGGAGAAAAAUACCUGUAUGUUACAAAUUCUAAUUAGGUAUGCAUUUUACCGGUUAUUAAAUGUGAGAGA